UGCCAUGCUGGCCGUCACGUGGCCGCCGCCUUGGAACAUGAACUUUCAAGCGAAGUGACGACGGAGCUGCAGCAAAGGCCCUCCCGUCCAGAGCCUCUGCUCCCCCCAAAGUCGCCAUCACCUAUAUCUCCCCGCCUGAUCCCGCAUUUGUACUCUGCACAUACCCCCCGUUCCCCGCCCUGCCGCGACUUUUCUGCCUGCAGCAUUCGAUUCCGCCAUCUGGUCUGGUCUGGCUGCCCGGCAACAAGUCCGUCCCGUGAGGAGCAAAGAAACGACAGAUACACAACAGCGCUAUGGCGGCGCUGGGCGAGGAACUCCUCAACAUUGUCAACAGGCUACAGGACCUGGUCUUCAACACGAUUGGAAAUGAUUCCCUCGAUUUGCCCCAGAUUGUCGUUGUAGGAUCGCAGUCGUCUGGCAAAUCGUCAGUGCUCGAGAACAUUGUCGGCAAGGAUUUCCUGCCGCGUGGCAGUGGCAUCGUUACCCGCCGACCGCUCAUUCUCCAACUCAUCAACCUCCCCAGCGAACGCGAUGAAGACGACGACGAUGAAGUCCAUGUGCCCCACACGCCCGCAAGCGUUGCUAGUCAGCAGGAGUGGGCUGAAUUUCUUCACAUUCCUGGCCAGCGCUUCUACGACUUUGGAGAAGUUAAGCGCGAGAUCGAGAACGAGACGUCUAGGAUAGCAGGAAACAACAAGGGCAUCAACAGGCAGCCCAUUAACCUGAAAAUCUACUCACCCCACGUCUUGAGUUUGACGCUGGUCGAUUUGCCUGGUUUGACCAAGGUGCCCAUUGGUGACCAACCCUCCGAUAUCGAGAAGCAGACACGGAACUUGAUCACCGAGUAUAUUGCCAAGCCAAACAGUGUCAUUCUCGCCGUCUCCCCCGCCAACGUCGAUCUCGUAAACUCGGAGGCUCUGAAGCUUGCACGUCAUGUCGACCCCAUGGGUAAGAGGACCAUUGGUGUCCUCACAAAGCUCGACCUUAUGGACCACGGCACCAAUGCCAUGGACAUUCUCUCAGGCCGUGUCUAUCCACUCAAGCUUGGCUUCAUUGGUAUCGUCAACCGAUCACAACAGGACAUUCAGGGCAACAAGUCCCUGGCUGAUGCCCUACAAGCCGAGCGGGACUUCUUCCGACACCACCCUGCGUACAGGAAUAUGGCUAACCGCUGCGGUACCCAACUGCUUGCCAAGAGCCUGAACCAAACACUCAUGGCUCACAUCCGGGACCGUUUACCAGACAUCAAGGCACGCCUGAACACUCUCAUGGGCCAAACACAACAGGAGCUUGCGAGCUAUGGUGAUGUCACCUUCACUGGAAAAGAGCACCGUGGCUCGCUCAUCCUACAGCUCAUGACUCGCUUCGCCUCUUCCUUCAUUGCAUCCAUCGAUGGUACCUCUACUGAGAUCUCGACAAAGGAGCUAUGCGGCGGUGCCCGGAUAUACUACAUCUUCAACUCGGUCUUCGGCAACUCGCUCGAGCAGGUCGAUCCUACCCAGAACCUGUCCGUAUUGGACAUUAGGACGGCUAUCCGCAACUCGACUGGUCCCCGACCCAGUCUGUUCGUUCCCGAGUUGGCAUUUGACCUCCUGGUAAAACCUCAGAUCAAGCUUUUGGAAAUUCCAAGUCAGCGUUGUGUCGAGCUCGUCUACGAGGAGCUGAUCAAGAUCUGUCACACAUGCGGCUCCACUGAGUUGACAAGAUACCCCAGGUUACAAGGAAAGCUCAUUGAAGUCGUGUCAGAUCUUCUCCGAGAACAGCUUGGCCCUUGCUCGGGUUAUGUUGCCUCCCUCAUCGAUAUUCAAAGAGCCUACAUCAACACAAAUCACCCCAACUUCCUUGGUGCUGCUGCUGCCAUGUCAUCUGUCAUUAGCGACAAAGAGCAAAGGGAGAAGAAGAUUGCAAUGGAAGCUGAGAAGAAGAAGCGAGAGCAGAGAAGAUUAAAAGAGCUUCAGAACGGCGCUAACGGAGAGGGCGCAGAAGACGGCGAAGCUGGUGACAACGCAUCCCUGAAAUCUCUUCCUCUUCGAAAACACCAGUCCCAAACCAGCCGUAGCAUGUCACCGGCUGUGGGACGGAUGGUGAACGGAUCUCAGAGCACAACAGCAGCACUCAAUAGCCGCAACCGGUCACCUCCUGGUACUGCCCGUGACAGCUUCCUAAAUUACUUCUUCAGCAAAGACAGCAAUACCGCAUAUCCUAAUCCACAGGGCUUGCCACAAGCCACUCAGCCGAUGCUUGACAACCGGCCAGGAAGCCGGCACGUCAGCCAAAACAUCGAGCCUAGUUUUGCACAGAGCAUUCGGAGGGGUGACAGCAAGCAACCUGCCCAUGUGCUGGCGAUGAUGCCACCAGAUAAUGAUGACUAUGAUGCACCGUCCAGUGCUGCUUUCAGCGCCCCUCCCCAUAGCCCAAACAUGGGCGGGGAAAACUUUGAAGGCGGCUUUCCCUCCAACCCUGAGCAAGCACCAGCCCUUACAGAACGUGAAGCGCUUGAGACUGAGCUUAUCCGCAGGCUCAUCUCAUCGUACUUCAACAUUGUGCGAGAGACUGUUGCUGACCAAGUGCCCAAGGCGAUCAUGCAUCUGUUGGUCAACCACUCCAAGGAUGUUGUACAGAACCGUCUAGUUUCUACGCUGUACAAGGAAGAUCUCUUCCAGGAGCUAUUGUACGAGGAUGACACGAUCAAGGCUGAGCGCGAGAAGUGCGAGAAGCUGCUCAAAACGUACAAGGAGGCUGCCAAGAUUGUCGGCGAGGUAUUGUAAGAGAAGCAAGGGUUGGAUGAUGAAAUAAAACGACAUAGCUUCACUGUAGGCUGUUGAAGAUGUGCAACUGUAUGUGCCUUUACGGCUUGGCUGCAAGGGAUCGGGGUAAAGGCAGUGUCAAGCGCUUGUGAGGCGAAUGGGGAAAGGAAGGGCCGCGCGGCGUUCAUGUUGCUUCGGCCCACUUGUCCCGUCUCUUUUCGUGCUUUUGACAUCUGAUACUCACUCGUCUGUUUGGAGACCACUCCACUGCUUUUGUUUUGUUUUGUUAUUUUUUUUUGGAUUGGACACGUCUCGAGAGUUGCAUGGCACUUUCUCUCAUGGGCUCUGGUUUUGGCUUUUUGUUACGAAUUACGCCCAUGGGUGGUCUCGAGAGGGGGGCCAGGUGAUGAGAUGAGACGAGACGAGAUAUGUAUAGAAUACACCGUUUUCUGACAGUAAAGACAUUACUUGGGCCAAUGAGCACGUGAU